GAACGCUUAUCAAGGAGGCAUUUCGCGAUCGUCUGUCACGGUGAGCUGAGCAUAAUCUCGAGACUUGUAAAUUUUAUAUAUAUUUGUUUAUUUAUUGGACUGUGUAUUUUUGGUUGUCCCUCGAUUUGGAUCAUUUGUUAUCGAAAUAGAAAAAAAAAAAAAAUCGGCAAACAAAAAAUGGCAAUCAAUUAUAAUAAAAAGGUUUCGAUAGAGUUAUUGUGUGAAUAAAGAUUAUAAAUAUAUAUUCAAAAAAAAGUAUAAAUCAGUGAUUUAAAACCUUCGAAUAUUCUCCUAUUUAUAUACAACAAGCAAUAAAGUCACUUCAAAGAGUCUUAAUAAAUAAGCCACAAGCAAACAACAUGUCCAACGGUAACUAAAUUCGAUUUGAAAAUUUUUAAUCAAAAAGCGAUAACACACAGUUAAAUUGAGGUUUUUGAGAAAAUAAUAAACAAUCGAUUUGUCUUCAUUUUUCGUAUAAAAGUUCGAAACAAUUAAUUCAUCUAGUUCAGUAUUUUUCAUUUUUCAAACUUAACUAUUCAUCGGAACUUGCAAAAAAUGGCCAAAAACAGUAUAGUUUUAACUGUUUUGAUAGCCCUGGUGGCGAGUUCAAAAGGUUUUCGUUCCGAUUCGGAUUUUUCGAAGAUGUACAAUCGAAUUCCUGGAUGGCGGCCAGCUCCAAAGUUGCAAUGGAAUUUCAGCGUUGAACUGGAUCAACCUCUGAAGCCAUAUGAAAAACUCGGUAUAACUGGCGACGCUGACUUUCUUGGUUCAUGGUCACCGAACAAGGCUCUAAUUCUUAAUCGAACUGAGUUGGCAACCACGUGGGCGGGUAGUGUUCGAGUACCAGCUAAUUCGACUGUAAAUUAUCGAUAUUUUAUCGGAGUUGUGGAUUCUAUUGGUGGUGUGCAGAUUCGAAAAUGGGAAACUCAUUUGGAUGGCAGGACUGUGAAGUUGGGAGUUGAGAAUAUCGGAACCACUGAUCGAUUUGGCAUUGUUGAAGAUCGAAAGGAGAUUAAUCGAGGAUGGUUGAACAGUGGGCAUAUUUUACAGUUCAAACUGUUCCGUAAUCCUAUUCAGCUGAAUGGAUUAAAUGUGGAUCGUAGAAUUUUCGUCAAAAUUACUCCUGUUGACUACGAUUGGAGUGCAAAGGAAAAGCUCCUCACCCCAAUUGUGGCCUCUGGAAGGGCUAACAUAGAAUUCAUUCGAAUGCAAUAUGGAAAUAGUAAGAUUCGUGAUCAACCAGAAUAUGGUGUACCAUAUGAAAUUGAUGACAUUGUUAUGUUCCACGUUACGACAAACGAUUUGAAAAACGUUGCUUAUAAAUUCACAAUUUUUGUACAGGAUGAGAGGAAACCCGAGAUGAUUCACACUCUCGGUUAUCAGUAUUUAUAUCCUGAGAGUAUUGAUGGUACAGAUGGCAGCACUGAGCUGGUUCUUAUGUCUGCAAACUGGCUAAGCUCGAUUGGAACAAUUAAAGUUGGUUAUUUAUUAAUAAAGCCUUUGUCGACAACUCAAGUGAAUUUCAAGACGACAUUUGCUCAUCAUUGGCGAAAGAAUUGGACAGCACUGGAUGCAGGUCAUCGAGGACUGGGAAAGAGCUUGAAGCUUGGUGCCGAAGCGCCUUCAAUUACAGAAAACACAGUGGCGUCGAUGAAGGAAGCAGGUGUUCAGGGCGCUGAUAUUGUGGAAUUUGAUGUUCAGCUGACAAGUGACUUGAUUCCUAUUAUUUACCAUGACUUCUUUGUGUAUGUUUGUAUGAAUGCAAAGACACCGACAAGUAAGGAGGAUCUUACUCAAGUGCUUAUCAAGGAUUUAACCUACGAGCAGUUGAAAGCCCUCAAGACCUAUCAGGUUAUCGAUUCAAAAAUUAUCGAAUAUCCUGCACAUAAUUUAGAACCUCGAGAAGAUUACCGUUUGUUUCCGCUUUUUGAAGAUUUCCUUACCAAAGUUAAUCACAGUAUUGGUUUCGAUAUCGAAAUAAAAUGGCCGCAACUUCGAUUUCCCAGUGGAAAAUUCGAAAGUAUUCAAACUAUCGACAAGAAUCUCUACAUUGAUCGAAUUCUCGAUGUAAUGCUGCGUAAAGGUUGUGGUCGUUUAAGUUUCUUCACAAGUUUCGAUGCAGACAUCUGUACAUUGUUGCAAUUUAAACAAAAUAUGUAUCCUGUGAUGUUUUUGGGACCAAGUAUUGGCAAUUCGUACAUUGAUCCACGUUCGGAUAAUUUCAAACAAACUAUUAACAAUGCUAAGGCAAUGGGAUUGUUGGGAGUUGUACCGCAUUCAUCGAAUUUCGUCAAAGAUGGCAACUUAGUGAAAUUGGCGACAGAUUUGAAUUUGAAAAUAUUCAUUUGGGGUGAUGAUAGUAGCAGUACAGAAAUGGUGGAUUAUUUUAAGAGCUUCGGGCCGACUGGUGUGGUUUAUGAUCGAAUUGAUUUGUGGGUACCUGAUGGGAAGGCGAAUGUGUUUAGCCAGGAAGAUGAUUUGCCGGAAUUCUUUAAAAAACAGUGUUCAUAUAGAAAUGCCACUGAGGCUAUUAGUAUAUAGAAAUAAGGUUUUUAUUUAAUAAGUGUUGAUGUUUUUUUUUUUUUUUUUUGAGUAAUAAA